AUGCUGCAUGGCGCCAAGCCGUUUGUCAUACGACCUUGCAUCGUGUUUGCAUGGCCAGCGCGGCCAGGCUCAUUCAAAAAAUACAGUCAACUUGGCGUGAGGUGGAAAUCACGCCUUGCCCCAGUCCUGUGGUGUGGAGCAGGAGUGGCUGGCCUACGAAAUUGGUUGGGCAUGGGAAAGAAAGCGUCCAAAGUAGAUGCUUCAGUGGCACGUGCCAAGGCAACAAGCUUACAAGAUUUCGCUUCCGCGGUAUCGAAACAGCUGGCACAAAAGCAGCGGCUAGUCCGUACCUUCGAUGUUGGUGGCACCGGCGUCAAAACCGCUCUCUUUGCUGCAUCGAGUCUGAAAAGCCUGAUGGAUGCGGCUGCAGCAAGCGAAGGUGAAUCUCCGGAGCUGGAGUGGAUCGAACCUCCAACACAGCUGGGAAUGGCACCGGGCGAAGAGGGCUUUGAUGCCUGGUUGGCUGCAGCCCUUCCCAAGUUGCAAAAUGAGAAGGCCAAUGGGCAGGUCGUUUUUGGCGUCUCCACUGCAGGGGACAUUGAACAUGCCACUGGUGUCUUACAUGACUGGUGGUGUGUGGGCGGGCAUCCACUGCAAUGGGAGGGACGUCCUGAUCCUCACGUGGCAGAUCUAAUGGGAUUGCCACGCGAUCGGACAUUCAUUCUCCAUGAUGGUUCAGCACAUCUUUUGGGAUGCUCUCGAAGUAUUGUUCCACCACCGCAGCUGGCGUGCUUUUCAGCUGGCACCGGUGUUGGAUUUGGAAUCUCGGAUGAGGAAGGAGCGGCGGUGGAUCCAUCUUCUCCAGUAGGUGCUCGAAGCCACAACCUCAAUGGAGUGCCUGUCUCUGGUGCCAGUUACCGUGGCAUUUGGCGCGAUUGGGUCUCGGCCACGGAUCAUGUGGACGAUGUUGAGAAGGUGAUGCUCAAGGAGUUUGCCACUAUGGCAAGGCCUUGGAGUAUGCCAUGGGUGAGUUUGGUCUUGGGCCGCCGGGGCAUGGAACUCGCUGAAGCAGCCUUUGGUUGUCCUCCUCCAGAACAUUCAGAUGAAGACGGAGCAGGAGUCAGCAAUGCUUUAGUGCGGGUGGCUGCCUCACAAGCCUAUGCCAAACAGUGGCAGCAUUUCAUUCACACCCAGUUUGUACCCCAAUUCUGCAGCGUCCGACGACACCAGGUCAGGCGCAUUUGUUUUGCUGGCGCAGUGGCGACAUCAAAUUGGCCUAGCAUGCAGGAGGUGCUUGUUAGCCCCUCUGGAGAACUUGUGUGUCCUGAGGGAGUCGAAGAUACUGCAUCCACCAAGAAGCGUGGCCGCAGUGGCAAGAAGACCAAUCAGGCGCCCCAAGCUCUGAGUGUAUGGACAGACGAAAUGGCCUGGCACUGUGAGGCUGCAUACGUCUUACCAUUGGCUCCUCAGGGCUCAGCCCUUAUCGGAGCAGGGAUCUAUGCUUUGGCAGGCAGUGCAGGAGCUGAAAUGGGCUUGUGGGCAAAGUGACCAACCUCUGCCUGUCAAAGAAAAGCCUGG